GCAAGGUACCGAGUCGCACCAAGGGGGUGUCCUUGCCACAACAUGAUCCGUUUCCCAGCCUAUGUGAGCUUGUUUCCUUGGCCCUGGGUAUCCGAUCCUUUCACUCGGGCAUCUUGUAUACUUAUUUAACCUCUCCACUGCCCAUGCGUCUCAUCGUGAACCCGUGUCCGUAGUGUCUCAUCGUAGCAGUCGUUGACCUCACUCAUCUCACUCAGAUUUGGGAAUACCUUACAUCUCACUCACAUCGCUGUUCAUCACCUGGCAAUCAGAUAUCUCACCACCACCAUGUACUCAAGCGUCUUCCUCCUCCGGUGGGCAGCCACAUUAUUGGCGUCAACCUCUGCUGUCUACGCCGCCCCCGCGCAGCAAGCCCCGGCACUGCACCCAAGAGCCGACUUCAACAUCCUCGUCGGCGGCAACGUCUCCCUCCGCCUCAUGCCCCUCGGCGCCUCCAUCACCUACGGCCUCACCUCUUCAGACGGCAACGGCUACCGCAAGGUCCUCCGGGACCUCCUCGUCGCCGACGGCAACCCCGUCGACAUGGUCGGCAACCACCCCAACGGUACAAUGGAAGACAACGAUAACGAGGGCUGGUCCGGCUUCCGCAUCGAGCAGGUUCUCGCAAAGGCCAAGAUCUCCGUCCCCGAGACGCUGCCGAACCUGGUCCUCAUCAACGCCGGCACAAACGACUGCGCGCAGAGCUACGACACGGAUAACGCGCACGUUCGCAUGCUCGAGAUGAUGAACUACAUCUGGGACACCUCCAAGCGCGCAACUAUCGUCCUCUCCACUCUUCUCGUGAACGGGAACAACAACACGGAGGCGUGCGUUCUCAAGGUCAACGAGCAGUACAAGACGCUCGCCUCGGAGCAGCAGGCGAUUUCCAAAAAGGUUGUCCUCGUGGAUAUGCACUCCGACAAGGGCCCACUCAAGAGCGAUCUCGUCGAUGGCACGCACCCCAGCGACGCGGGCUACGCAAAGAUGGCGCACAUCUGGUUCGACGGCAUCAAGGAUGCUGCGUCGCGCGGCUGGCUCGAGUCCCCUCAGCCUCUGCCUGAAAGCAAGAGGUCCGAAUGACUCAGAAAGAUUGCGCCGCUACUUUACAUCGUGUUCCGCUUCGCCGGAUCCCCAGAGCCGUCGAGCUCAUAAUGCGCACGCCAUAGAAUAAGGGUAUGAGGGGAAUCGCAUGAUAUAACUGUAAUGUUACUGCAUCAUCGCUCUGCAGAGUAAUUAGGAAUUCAUCAAAACGGCGUUCAGGAUGGG